AUGGCCUCUACGCAUCGCAUUGCCGUAAUCCAAUGGCAUAUCAAGGUUGGUGCAUCGACUUGGGCUGUACCCGAGCUUCGAACCAUUGAAGACAUGCAAUUGCGAUCGGAUUUGCUAACAGUAUCGCAGGAGCUUGACCCUGAGUAUAAUCAUGCGACAGCAUGCAACUACAUCAGUGAGGCUGCUGCUCAAGGCGCCGAGCUAGCCGUCCUUCCGGAAUACCAUCUCAGCGGCAUGGUCCCCACAGAUCCCCUUUGGGCAGUCCAAGCCGGCAAGUCCGCCGAGUACCUAGCGAACUAUCAACGCCUGGCCAAGAAAUUGCAAAUCUGCAUUGUACCGGGUACAAUCAUCGAAAAGCACACGGGGCCCGAUCAAUCAACCCUGCUCUACAACACAGCAUACUUCAUCUCAGACGAUGGCACUGUGCUCGGCUCCUACCGCAAGAAGAAUAUCUGGCACCCGGAACGACCCUACCUCACCUCCUCAAGCUCAGAGCCCCAUGUGGCAAUCGACACCCCGAUCGGCCGCGUAGGAAUGAUGAUCUGCUGGGAUCUGGCAUUCCCCGAAGCAUUCCGGGAACUGAUCGUCGACGGGGCGGAAAUUGUGAUUGUGCCUACAUACUGGACCCCCCACGACGCCUCUCCCGAAGCUCGCGCGUAUAACCCGGAUUCCGAAGCCCUCUUCCUCGAGUCGACCAUUACAUCCCGCUGCUUUGAAAAUACCUGUGGUAUUGUCUUCGUCAACGCCGCCGGGCCGUCGGAGGAUUUCUUGGGCUUGUCGCAGAUUACGGUCCCUCUUGUGGGUUCGAUUGCUAAGAUGGGGACUGAGGAGGGAUUCAUCGUUGCCGAUUUGGAUAUGGGGCCUAUUGAGGCUGCAGAGAGGAAUUACAAGGUGCGACAAGACCUGAAGAAAGAGGAUUGGCACUAUAGUUAUCGGCAUACCGGGCGAAAGUAG